GUGCGCAACAAAGGCGUGCAUAUCAUUCGCUCUCUCGCUUUUAUUUUUAAUUCAAACAAAUGAGAUUUUUACGAGUACGUCGCACAGUCGGAACACCAGGACUACUUUUUUUACUUUAUGUUUUUGCACGCAGAUAGGAUGUUAUAAUUCCAAGAGUGGGCGAGAGCGAGAUCGGCAGCAUGGACUCCUGGAUCUUCCCGUCAUCCUUUCCGAACAUGUCGGAGCAUCUCAUGUACGGCGGCUUCCUGCCGACGAACGAGUCGGACCCGCAGAGGAACGACGCGGACCAGAGCUUCAACAGAACCAGCACGGUGGUCAUCACCUGCAUGUACUUGCUGGUGUGCACCGUGGGCCUGUGCGGGAACGCCCUGGUCAUCUACGUCAUCCUGCGCUACGCCAAGAUGAAGACCGUCACCAACAUCUACAUCCUCAACCUGGCGGUGGCCGACGUGCUCUUCAUGCUGGGCCUGCCCUUCAUCGCCAUCCAAUUGGCGCUGGUCCACUGGCCGUUCGGCCCGGUGCUGUGCCGGGUGGUAAUGACCGUCGACUCCCUCAAUCAGUUCACCUCCAUCUUCUGCCUGACGGUGAUGAGCGUCGACCGCUACCUGGCCGUGGUGCAUCCCAUCCGCUCCACCGAAUGGCGCAAGCCCCGCGUGGCCAAGACCGUCAACGUGGCGGUGUGGGGGGUGUCGCUCAUGGUCAACCUGCCCAUCGUCAUCUACAGUGGCAUCCUCACCAAACACGACAGCUGCUUCUGCACCAUCGUGUGGCCCGAGCCUCAGGAGGCCUACUACACCGCCUUCAUGUUCUACACCUUCAUACUGGGCUUCUUCCUUCCCCUCGUGGUCAUCUGUAUGUGCUACCUGCUCAUCAUCAUCAAAGUGAAGUCGUCGGGCAUCCGCGUCAGCUCCUCGUCCAUGCGACGACGCUCGGAGAGGAAGGUGACACGAAUGGUGUCCAUCGUGGUGGCCGUUUUCGUCUUGUGCUGGCUGCCCUUCUACGUCUUCAAUGUCACCUCGGUGACGGGCACACUCAGCACCACGCCGGUACUGCGCAGCACCUUCGCCUUCGUAGUGGCGCUGGGCUACGCCAACAGCUGCGCCAACCCCAUCCUCUACGCCUUCCUGUCAGAGAACUUCAAGAAGAGCUUCCAGAACGUUCUGUGUCUCAAGAAGGUGGGCGGGCUGGACGAGGUCGAGUGCAGCGAUAGCCGCCAGGACAAGUCCCGCAUGAUGGCCAACCCCACAGAGACUCAAAGUAGUCUACUGAAUGGUGACCUGCAGACCAGUAUCUGAUGUUCCUUGUCUCCCUGUACUCACCUUGACAUGGCUCUACUCGCUAAUCAUGUUUUCUAUUGGCAAAAGCCAACUACCAGGGAGGUAAGCUGAGCUCAGCAACAGCCGUGAAGGCAAGUCUCGCGUGACAACUACCCCCGCAGAAACCCUGAUGAAUGGUGACCUGUAGACCAGUAUCAGAUCUUUACUUGCUCUCCUUCACUCCCGCUGACAUGGCUCUGCUCGCUAUUUAAAUUUUUCUGAUGGGAGGUAGGAUGAGCGCAAGAGUCGCCAGGACGAGUCUUUCACGACGGCAGACGCAACGGCGACCUAAACUACUUGGUGACCUGCAGGCCUAGAUCUGAUCUGAUCUGACCUGACCUCUUUGGUCACCUUGACAUGGAUCGACUCACUACGGACACUUUUUCAAUUGGGAAAAGCCAACUGAGCGCAACAAUCCCUAGGACAAGUCCCACAUGAUGCCCAACCCCAUGGAGAUCCAAAGUACUCUGUUGAAUCUUGACCUAAAGACCAGUAUGUCACCUGACUGACUGUCUGACCUGUUCCCCUCUAGGGCCAACGCACACCGAGCAACGUGACCGAACAAAAUUGAACUGUCGCGCAGUGAGCAAGGUUCUAUAGCGACUUUUCAUGAGUGGCACACCAGCGUCAAGUAGUUUUGCUGCGAUUCGUAGUUUGAAUCACAGGUGAACAGCGUUGCAACGUCGCACUUGUAACAGCCAAUCAAAAAUGCUCCGUUGUAUCACAUGAUCUUUUACAGCAAAAAUGACAUUUCCAGGUACCGAACGAGAUCCAGCCGGCUUCCGUCGAGUUCAGCUCCUGUUGCCAGGACAACCUCUGCAUGAUGGCCGACCCACGGAGACCCAAAGUACUCUGCUACUCGUCCUUUGGCAAAAGCCAACUACUAUUGCUAGUACCUGAUCAGUGUUGAUCAGAUGACUUCUGGUGAAGCAGAUUAAGAACGUUAGCUCGCCCGUUGCUGUGCCAUAGCUCUGGACAUGGCAGUACUAUACUCCACAGUCUCCACUUUGCCGCCAUUAUUUCUCCUCAGUCUAACUCACCAUGCAAGUGUUUGUUCUGCGCUGUAAAUGAAACCGGGACUGUUUCCCUCGGUGUAUAUUGACAUUAGAAAAUGAUCCCUCAGACGAAUGAACACACAGAUGCGCACACACUUCCUCAGAGGCACUGGAUUAUUUACAUGACCCGCGUGACCGUAGUUUUGUGUAAAUAUGACUUCAAAACUCCAUUUCAAAGUCCAACCUUCCCCUAAAUAUUUUCUCCGGAGCGGUUUUAAAUCAGACUAAAUGGAGGUGGCACUUUCAAUGGACUUCGGUUUUCUUGCUUGCUAAUUAUUGUAUUUUAGUGUUAUUUAUUCUGUCAUUCAAUGUGAUGUAAUACGAGGGAAGAAAUGCGCAAUUUACUGGAGGAACAGAACAACAUGUGACCAGCUAAAUUAUAUUGGAUGUCACUUUAAAGCCUAUUUCAUUUGAUAGUAGUUGUUUGCAUUUCAUGGUUUUCUUUUGAUGGGAUGAGUAGUAUUAUAUUUUUGUAGUAAAAAAAGAAAAAUUAUUAAAACAAUUCAUGAUCAAUACAUGUGGGGGGUGGGGGGGACUAUGUCUUAUAUAUGCUUGCAUGAUUUGUAAAAAGUAUUCAAGUUUUGGUAGUGUAUUUCUUUCCCUUUUUUUGCACCCAGCAAAACAUGAAUUUGAGAUCGGCUCCAAUAUUUAAACACUUAACACACAAAUAUAACACAUUUGUUGGAUCGCUGCAUAGGGUUUAAGUUUUUUUUUUUUUUUUUUUUUUGCUGGUGCUGAUUUCAUGUAUAAGUGUUGGCAGACAUGCCAACGUGACUAAUACAAAUUGUAGUCCACGACUGCCUCUUUUUGAGGCAGGAGGACACACUUGGAGUGUUCUAUAUUUCCAUAGCAACAGUGACCACAAGUGUUGGUCCCGCUGAAUAAUGCAUAAGCACCAUAAUACAAGAAAUGACUCUGUGGGAUGACUAAUCAAAUUUUGGUCCACUCCACUUCUUACUGCGACGCUUACGGUGCUUUUUAUACGCCCAUUUGUUGUUCGUCAGUAUGUGGCACCAUUUCAACAACAGCCCGUUUUCCUCAUAAAGUGAACUACUCACAUAUCAGGAUGAACCUUAAAUCAACUCUAACCUUUACAGGUGAAUUUAAUUUGACCUUCUCCAAACUUUUGAAUGCACGUCCACCACAGUGGCAUGUGUGUUAUGUGCGCCAACUGUUCAAUGUUCACAUACUCCUCCCCCCCCACGCCCAUAACUUGCCAUCUUAUAACAACGGGCUGAAUGGCAAAAAUUACGACAGGUGUUUGAUUCAUACAUUUCCAAGGACAUCCACUUCUAUUCCUUUGUGUGACGUUUCCAGUCUCUGUUGUGAACUGCUAAUGGCACUCUAAGCACAGAAAAGAUACAGUAUGUCACAGUUUAAUAAGCAUUGUAGUAAAUAUGCUAUAUUUCCACAAAUAGUGGCCAGGGGGCAUUUAUUUACUCAACUGUAGAUGUGAUUAGGCAUAUAUUGGGGGGAGUCAGUUACAGUAUUUUAGAGGGGAGCGCAUUUUCUCAGUUGCCUCUUCACCUUAGACAGGCCCAUUCACUUCCUGUUUUUAAAUAAAAACAUGCAGUUUUUUUUUUCUGGCUUUUGCCUCAGUUUGAGAUGUUGACUUAUAUACUGAUCUCUUUUUGUGUUUUACUGUUAAAUUGUUUUCUGCUAUUUUUCAAAUUGGUGUUUAUACCUUCGGUUUGUAUCGGUCUUUAUCUACUUACGUGUAUUGUUCCUCGCUGUUUUUAUUUCGAUGUUGUUUUAAGCACGUUGGUCAAUUGUAAGGUUCUUAAAGCGCUCUAUAAACAAAGCUGGAUUGGUUUUAUCGCAUGGAGUAAAUUAAACAAAGGAACUGGUGUAUUUCAAUGUACAUCAAGUGAAACUGUUGCUUAAGACUAAGUAAGACUACAGAACAUAAACAUGGAGGCACACAACAUUGUCCAGCAAUUAAAUUGGAGUGGUUAGGCCUUGGAACUCUGCCCUGGAUGCCAUUUUUGUUUUGUCUGUUCUCGUCCUUGUUGUUGAGUCAUGAACACUGACCUUAACUGAGGUAAGGGAUGCCUGCAGUUCUUCAGAUGCUGUCCUGGAUUCCUUUGUGACCUCCUGAAUGCAUCGUCACUGUGCUCUUGGGGUCAUUUUUGUAGGCCGCCCGCUCCUGGGAAGG